AAUUUUCAUUAUCUAGUGUACUGUGGUUACUACAAGUAUGGAGCGUCCGUAGGUCGGAUAUCUUCAUAGCUCAUAGAUAAAUGUGGUUUGACGUAAGAAGAUAAAGCUGUACUUUGACAGUCUUUAGCGAUUACUACUUUCGAUUUGCGAACACUUCGACGGACAUUGUAUCUUAAGUUGAAAUUUAAACACUAAAACAUCUUUGUUUAAUAAUUUUGAUUAAAAUAGUUGAUCUAAAUUGUCUACGGGAUUACUUGCAUAGAAAACAAAUUCAGUCGUGGUUAAUCGAACAGUACCGGGCAAUGUGUGUUGUACCAGUGUUGAUGCUGGAUCCUGACAUAGAUGUACCUUUAGAAAAGAUCUACGUUGCCCCGUCUAUCACGGAACUAUGGAGAGGCCAGGCGACGGACAAAACAUCAAGGGGGAAACAGAUUGUUUGAGUUGUUACAAAGAUUUGCUGCAUCGUGACGGUAAUCAUGUUAAUACAAUUUAUAUCCAAGGAAAUCCGGGUUGUGGUAAAACGACGUUUUCAACAAAGAUCGUUCUUGAUUGGCGUGAAGCCCAUUCUGAAACUAUUGCCAGUGCUAAGAAAGAAAUCACGAAAAGUGCCAGUACCAGCGAGGGGACGUCAAAACCAACACAUUUCGGAGAUCUUGACACGCUGCGAGAGUACACCUUUCUGUUCUUUGUGUCGUUACGUGAUUACAGCGGAUCCAUGUGUAACUUCAGCAAGAUGGUCGAGGACGCAAUACAGAGAAACAAACUAUCUUGGAAUGAUAGUUUCUGGCAACGUAAAUGUAUUGUUCUUACAGACGCUGCAAACGAAUGGCACCAUCCCGAAAUAAUCUUUCCACCGCCAUUUUACUCAGAGUGCAAUUGCCUUAAAGAUCGAAGUAUGCCUCUGUAUUUGCAGCGAACAAAUAUUACCAACAUUAUAACCGCACGACCAUGGAAACUUGCCAAUCUAAGCAUGAGCAAUACUUUGACGCGUAUGUUCGAAAUCUCCGGCGUAAUAAAUCACAAAACCUUAGCGGAAAAUGUUAUUAAUGUUUUAGCUGAGAUGGAAGGUAUUUCUAAGAAUGAUAUACAAUGUAAAUGUAUUGAUUUCCUUGACAAAGUAAUGUCACAAAACUUGCAUCAUCUCAUCACAGUUCCAGCUGUUUGUGUGCAGUUAGCUCAUCAGUUUUACGUUGGACGAUUGAUGGAAGGUUCACUGUGAGCUAUAUACAUUAAUAUGCUAGAUACGCAUAUUGCCAAGGGUUUGCAAAAACUUCAAAUUGAAGAAUUUGACACUGAAGCAAUUUGUUUUGAGGAAAUAACAAAAACAUUUGGAACAGAAACAACUGAGUAUCUGCGGGCUAAUGGGUCGCUGGUUCUCACUGCAAGUGCGCUUGCGUUUAAAACACUUACAGACUCAAGUAAAGAAACGUCGAUAGUAUUUGCGGAAAAAACCAUCACAAAGCACAUGACAAAAACACAACUUGGUUACUUACUUCAGAUAGGGAUUAUCACAAAGAAAAAAUCUUUGGCGCUUAGCCCGCGAAAGAAUGUUCCAUACAUGUUCGUACAUAAAACUAUUCAGGAGUUUCUAGCAUCGUUGUAUAUUGCAAUGCAUCAGACGGACAUUGAAGACAUCACGAACGCCAUUAAGUCGGUGUAUUGUGAUGCUGAUUCUAUACUGGACAUGGGUCAGUUAUUUAUCUUCACGUGUGUAAUGUGUGCUGCUGAAAGAAUGUCAAAGCACAUCAUGGAUGUCAUAACAUGCGACAUGGAAAGCAAGCUGCAUUCUAUUUCAGACCCGACGAUAGAUCGAUUUUCCACGCAUUAUUUUGCACAAAGAAUUGUAUUGCAUGGCUUUAUUGAAAGCGUGGCAAAUAAACAGCCUUGCUUACAACUGAAACUCAGUCAUUUAGUACUUUAUGUUGGAAAUAAGAACGAAAACGAUGCUUUACAUACGUUAAUAGAUAUGAACAAAUCAAACAUCGUUAGCAUUGACACAAAAUAUAUUUUCUUGCUUCAACAAGAAUCAUCAUAUUGUGUACAGGAAAUUAUUUCGCAAUCAAGAGAUACAUUGUCGUAUCUGCGGCUUGAAACCGCGGGUCAAUUAGACCUACAGGGUCUAAGACUCAAGUACUUAUCAUGCGGAGGACGUUCCAAUAUAAGUAAUUUAGACUGCACCUGUAUGCACACGUGUGAAAUAAAUGUUUUAACACGUUUAUCAGAGAAUUGUUUCUUACAACCGAUGUCCGUCACAGGUAAAAACAUUAAAAUCCUAAAGCUUGGGGCUGUUCAAUCAAUUGAUCUUCUCCGCGACGCACUUCCAAACCUGGGAAAUUUACACACGCUAAUAUUACACAGUACAAAUUUUCCGAACACAAAUUUGUACUACUUUUCUGAAUCUAUCCGAAGGGUAGUUUAUAUGAACGUUGUAGUUUCCGCUCAAGAUGUGAAGUCGAUGGUGGAAUGGUCAAAGUCACGGGGCGCGUGUGUGUGUUGCGAAUUGAUGGAAUGUUUAACAUCUGCCAAUAAUUGGAUGGAUAUAAGUCACUGGAUGACACAGCAGGACGGCAUUGAAAUAACGCAAUUUGAUUUCAUAGCAAGCUUAAAAGAGAUCAUUAUUUCUUUGAGCAUCAAGUUAUCAAAGUGACAAUACUCAAACAAGUUGUCACACAUUCAAGACGAAAAGAUCACUGUUCAUCAGAGAGCGAUAUAACACUAAGUACGUUGACAAAAAUGAAAAACUUCAUAAGAUUCAUAAUCCGAAAUUGAUAAAAUUAUACAGAGUUAUAAACGCGAAAGAAAUUGAGUUUUACCUUUCCUUUUUUGUUCUUUAAUUGUUUUGACGACGGGCAAUUCGGUAAUAUAAAUUAUAAAAUGAUUGACACAAGCUAUGCAAAAGUAGCAACAGAUAUACUCGUUUGGUCUUUGGUAACAUCUGGAAUAUUGUGAUCUCAUCUUGUAUGGAACAGCUCAAUGCGAAAUAAACAAAAUGCAUCGAAUCCAAAACAUGCGUGCCAAAUUCGUACUCGGCCAACAUAAAUAUGACAGUUCAAAAGAUGCUUUGUAUAGACUACACUGGCUACCAGUAAAAGCCAGGAUAUUAUUCAAAUUUCUGACCUUUCAAAUAUAAUUGUUAUGUUGGUCACGCGCCAAAAUACCUUACAGAAAUUGUAACAGAAAAAGUACCAGCACGUUACCUACAAUCUACAGUCUCGUAUGACGGAUGUGAUGAUGUUAAACGCACACAGAGAUAAACCUUCAUGGACAGGAGUUUCGGAGAUGUCGGUCCGAAACUGUGGAAUGAACUACCAUCAAACAUCCGGACUUCUGUCUCAAUAUAUAUUUUUAAAAGGAAUUUGAAAACAUUUCUCUUCAGAGACGUUUCAACCUGGCCCCGUGUUCACAAAGCAAAUUGAAAUCGAUUUUCAAUGUCAAGUGACAUUGAUUUUCAAUUUUUGUCAUCGGAUCUCAAACUUGGUGUUCACAAAGAAAAUCGAUGUCAAAUGACAUCCAAAAUCGAUUUUCAAAUUGCAAUCAAUGACACUGAAAUUGAAAUUGAUAUUGGGCAUUGUCAAAUUGAAAAUUGAUGACAAUCACCAUGGUAAGAAAACAAUAUGGCCGACAUUGAAAGACGUCUUCGUCGCGCUCGAUACAUAAAUGAAUUGUUUCCAAUGGAUAGGAGAGUUUUCCGUGAUCGAACGAACCCAUUGGAAACAUUGUCCCCGAUGGAAAUUCGUGAACGGUACCGGUUUUUCCCGGAAACUAUUCUGUUUCUUGUCAAUAUGCUGAAUUUGGAGAGGGCUACUGAACGUUCUUGUCCUCUUCCGCCGCUCAUUUCAACUCUAGCGGCAUUGCAUUUCCUUGCAACUGGCACACACCACAUUGUGACGGCCGGGCUGCAUGGAAUUUCACGGUCCAGUGUAUCUAGAGCGGUCAAGCAAUUCACGGACAGCGUGUGUCGACAUCUAAAUGACUUUGUUUUCUUCCCAAAUAUCGAAAAUGUGCAACGGACGGUGCAAAAACAGUUUUAUAAUAUCGCUGGUUUCCCCCAAGUGGUUGGUGUGGUUGAUGGCACACAUAUCCGUAUUCAAGCGCCUAGCGCAAACGAAGACGAUUAUGUGAACAUAAAGGGAUUUCACUCCCUUAAUGUACAGAUGAUUUGUGAUGCCACUUUUUGGUUUGUUGACGUAGUCGCAAAGUGGCCUGGGAGCGUUCACGAUUCAAGGAUCUUUCGUGAAAGCGCUAUACGUCAGCGAUUUGAAAGAGGUGAAAUCGACGGUCUUCUGCUUGGUGACUCUGGCUAUGGAUGCAAGAGGUAUCUUAUGACACCAUAUCAAAACACCGACAGUCCUUGUAAGGAACGGUUUAACAUAUCCUUAUGUCGAACAAGAGUGGUGAUUGAGCAAGCUUUUGGCGUUCUCAAGCGUAGGUUUCCAUGUCUACAUUAUGGACUUAGAGUAAAACCUGACAGAGCAGCCAAAAUAACAGUCGCGUGUGUCAUUCUUCAUAACAUUGGAUUAGAGAGGCAAGACAUGUUUUCACGAACAUGUGAGGAUGACACAGAUUUGCCACAGGUUGUAUAUGAAGGAGAUGGGUCUGGAAACAGUUACAGAGACCACAUCGCAGAAUCUUUCUUUUAAAAACAUAUAAUAACAAGGGCUGUUUGUAAUGAUACUAGGCCUAAGCACUCUUUACUUAUAAUUCGGAAACCAUAUGAUGGACGGACCGACCGACGGACCGACCGACAUGUGCAAAACAAUAUACCCUCUCUUCUACAAAGGGGAGCAUAAAAAAUCAUUAAUGAAAUUAUCAGGUUUUGGAUUCACCAACUUUUUUAAGUCUAAAAUGUAAGACUCAAACUUAAGAAAAGAAUCGAAAAACGUUUUACCUAUGAAUCUGAUCACAAAACAUUCACCGUCAAUUUGAAGAUAACUAAACAAAGAUUCAUUCACAUAAACUAACAGAGUAUUAUAUCAAUAGCAUAAAGAUAAGAGAAGGAUCACAGAGGCUGCAUAUCAAGAAAGACAAGUUAGAACAAUAGAAUAGGCAUAUCAACAGUAUUAUUCAUUUAAACAGGUAUAUUGGAAACUAGAAAUGUGUCCUAAAGGCUAAAGACAAAUGCAUUUUAAAUAUUUCACCGGACACAAAUGUAUCUUGAGUCAAACUUGUUUCAAGGGGCAUAUUGACUGCUAACAGACAAGUUAAAUGGAUAUU